GUCCAUAACCAGAUAUGUUUUGACAGGAGAUGAACAAAGAUGGAACACUUUCCCAAAACCUUUAUCCUUCUUCUCCUGCUCUCCCUCUCAUUUAAAUUGCACCCUUCAAAGGCACAAACAUGGAUCAAAGCCGGUUACUGGUACUCGACCAGUAAUUUUCCUUUCUCCGACCUCAAUUCUGCUCUCUUCAGCCACCUUCUCUGCAGUUUUGCUUAUCUCAACUCUUCAAACUAUCACCUCUCCAUCCGCUCAUCUGAUGAACAGCAGUUCUCCUCCUUUACCAAUGUUGUCAAGCGUAAAAAUCCGUCAGUCACCACUCUUUUGUCCAUCUGGACAGGAACUGUGGACUCUGCAGUCUUUUCUUCAAUGAUUAGCCAACCCCUUUACAGAAAAUCCUUCAUUGAGUCUUCAAUAAGAACUGCAAGACUUUACAGCUUUCAUGGCCUAGACCUCAGAGGGGUGUUGCCGACCACAGCUGCCAACAUGACUAACUUAGGAAUCCUCUUCUAUGAGUGGCAAGAUGCUGUGGAUUCUGAGUCAAGAAUAUCUGGCAAGACAAAACUAAUCCUGACAAUGGCUGUUCAUUACUUGCCAACUGUUAACUCUUUUAGUUAUCCGAUCGAAUCGAUUCAGAAGAACUUGGAUUGGAUACAUAUUGUAGCAUAUGAUUACUAUUUGCCUUCAAGAGAUAAUUUCACAGGUGCCCAUGCUGCUCUGUAUGAUACGUCUAGUCAGGUUAACACCGAUUUUGGUGUAAAGGAAUGGAUAAGUAGGGGAUUAUCACCAAAGAAGCUGGUUUUGGGUUUGCCAUUCCAUGGCUAUGCAUGGAGACUUGCGAACUCCAAAGACGAUGAUCUUGGUGCACUUGCAUCGGGUCCAGGUAUUACACAAGAUGGAUUCGUUGCCUAUGCAUUAAUCAAAUUGAUUGUUCGAACAUAUCAAGCUCGUCCAGUAUACAACUCUACUUAUGUAGAAAAUUUUUGCAAGAUAGGAUCAAUUUGGAUUGGUUAUGAUGAUGUGGAGGCCAUAAGAACUAAAGUUUCUUAUGCAAAGCAGAAAGGUUUGCUCGGUUACCAUGUGUUUCGAGUCCCCAAUGACGACAAUUGGGUGCUUUCUCGGGCCGCCGCUCAAGUUGAAGGUAAACAGCCUCAAAACAAGCACCGAUUGUUGGUAAUUAUUGUGCUAUCAGUUGCUAUGGGUAUUCUGCUUCCAUGCCUCACGAUGUUUUACCUACGACGGAGACUGCUCAAAUCCAAAGGAAUAAUGGCUAUUGAUGAGGAAUGGUUGGGACCUUUGGAAAAUCCUGAUAGCAAUGAUGAUUCUCGUCUUCAAGCUUUUAGCUUUGCUAUCAUUGAAGCUGCAACAAAUAACUUUUCAAUUGACAAUAAGCUUGGGGAGGGUGGAUAUGGAUCUGUUUACAAGGGAAAAUUACACGAGGGGUGUGAAAUAGCGGUGAAGAGGCUGUCAAAAACUUCAGCACAAGGGCUGGAGGAGUUCAAAAAGGAGGUUACCCUAGCUGCGAAACUACAGCAUGUCAAUCUAGUUAGAGUUCUGGAUUUUUGCAUUGAAAGGGAAGAAAAGAUGCUGAUCUAUGAGUAUAUGCCAAACAAAAGCUUGGAUUUCUACCUUCAUGAUCCCAUCAGAGGUAAAUUGCUAGAUUGGAAAAAGCGUGUUCAAAUCAUUGAGGGGAUUAUUCAUGGGCUUUUAUAUCUCCAAGAGUACUCAAGGUUCACAAUAAUUCACAGAGAUUUGAAAGCUAGCAACAUUUUACUGGACAGUGAGAUGAAGCCCAAGAUAUCAGAUUUUGGUUUGGCCAGAAUUUUCCGGAAGGAUGAACACGAAGCAAACACAGGUCGAAUUGUUGGAACAUACGGGUAUGUUCCUCCUGAGUAUGUGAAAAGAGGUAUAUACUUUACAAAAUAUGACAUUUAUAGCUUCGGAGUUCUACUUCUGCUAAUCAUAAGUGGCAAGAGGAAUGCGUGCUCCUACGGCCUGUUCAAGAACAUGAACCUCCUAGAAUAUGCAUACGAGCUGUGGAAAGAUGGCAAUGGCAUGGCGGUCAUGGAUCCGUCAUUGGAUGAUUCAACCUCAUCAUGUAAACUCCUAAAAUGCUUGCAAGUAGCUUUGUUGUGUGUUCAGGAGAAAGGGAAGGACAGACCAUCCAUGUCGGAAGUAUAUUCAAUGCUCAAAAAUGAAACUGCAGCCAUCAAUACGCCUAGAAGGCCUGCUUUUUCAACAAGGACAGGUGAAGAAGAUAGGGAAGACGCGCCUUCCUCCCAGCUAGAAAUAUGUUCAAAUGAUGGCUCCAUCACUCAACCUGAACCUCGGUGACUCUUUUAUCUGUAUAAGAAUUUUACUGUUAAGAUUUACUAUCUUGCUUUGCCUUAUUGUUUUUGCUUAUUGAAUGAUGUAUAGUUUAGUACGUAUGAAUGGAAAGGAAUCAAGAGGAAUGGAUCAACAAAUCAAUUUUCAUUCAAUUUCUUUUUCAUCUCA